CCUUCAAUGGCAGAUACUGCAAAGUACAUGCCUAUCAAUGGAGGAACAAGUCUCGUUACAGACUUCAAGAGUCUGUUUUCAAUCAUCAAAACAAGGAGGACAGUGGCUUUCUUCAUGUUUGCCUUCGUUGGUUUCACUGUGUUUUUAGCGUUUAGCCCUUCUUCAUACUCGUCUGCUCCUUGGUUCACUAACGUCUUUUCAACAAGCUCCACCACUUCUGCUACUGCAUCUGCCGAUUCUUAUAGAUCUCAAUUCUCUUCCCUUUUCGAUUACUUCUUUUCCAACACUUCUUCUCCGCAACAACAACAAGGCCUUAACUUCCCUUCUUAUUCUAAUAAUACCAGAUCUAAUAACACUUUACCUCAAUUAGCCAACCCAAGAGAGGAGCUACCUUUUGACAACAACACCACCAAAACCCAAUCUUUGAACACAAAUAAAGAAGUAGCCAGUUCUAAAAACACCACUUUCCAAUCUCCCAAAACAAAUAAAAACAACACCCAAAGUUUGGUUUUGCAUGCAAAUCAGACCACACUUUCUCCUUCCACUGUGUAUAAAAAUCCACCUAGUACGAGCAGCCAGACUGAAAAGAAAGAGAAUUCUGAUAAAGCUCUAGUUUUGAAGGCUAAUCAGACUACAAUUGUCACUGAAAAAUCUCCGGUGGCAGCUAAUCAGAUCACAAAUUCUCCAGCCAAAUCUGAUCCUGUCAACAAGGUUAGUUCUGGGAAGGGAGAGAAAAGUGUAGCACAAAAAGGAGUGGUAUCAAACUACACAGCUUCCCCGACGAAGAAACAGGGGAAUGGGAAAAACCAGGGCAAUGGAAGUGGUUCAGGGCUGCCAGCUAAACAGGGGAUUGAGAAUUUGAUUGAGUCGUUGAUGAAUUGUGAUUUGUUUGAUGGCGAAUGGGUGAAGGAUAAUUCCUAUCCCCUUUAUAAACCAGGAUCUUGUUCGUUUAUUGAUGAGCAGUUUAGUUGUGUUCCCAAUGGAAGACCUGAUAGAGAUUAUCAGAAAUUGAAAUGGAAGCCUAAAGGUUGCACUUUGCCAAGAUUGAAUGGCGGUCACAUGUUGGAGCUAUUGAGGGGAAAGCGGCUUGUUUUUAUCGGCGACUCUUUGAAUAGGAAUAUGUGGGAAUCUCUGGUUUGCAUCCUGAGAGGUGCUGCAAAAAAUCCAAAAAAUGUUUAUGAAGCCCAUGGAAGACAUUAUUUUCGAGGGGAAGUUUCAUACUCUUUCAUAUUCAAAGAUUAUAACUGCACUUUAGAGUUCUUCGUAUCUCCUUUCUUGGUCCGAGAGUGGGAAAUGCCAGACAAAAAUGGAACGAAGAAGGAGACACUUCGGCUUGAUCUUGUUGGAAAAUCAUCUGAUCAAUAUAAAUCGGCAGAUAUCCUCAUCUUCAACACGGGGCAUUGGUGGACUCAUGAGAAAACUUCCAAAGGGAAAGAUUAUUACCAAGAAGGCAGUCAUGUUUACAACGAAUUGAAUGUUCUUGAGGCCUUUCGGAAAGCAUUGACAACAUGGGCUAGAUGGGUUGAUGCCAGUGUAAAUCCUAUGAAGUCUAUGGUGUUCUUCAGAGGAUAUUCUGCUUCGCAUUUCAGCGGCGGCCAGUGGAAUUCUGGAGGAGCAUGUGAUAGUGAAACUGAGCCGAUCAGGAAUGAGACGUAUCUAACGCCAUAUCCAUCAAAGAUGUUGGUCUUAGAGUCAGUGCUGAAGGGGAUGAAAACACAUGUCACCUACCUUAAUAUUACCAGAUUGACUGAUUUCCGAAAGGAUGGUCACCCAUCAAUCUACCGGAAGCACCAGAAGCAACAAAUGUCAGAAGAGGAAAGAAUAGCACCUCUAAAAUAUCAGGACUGCAGCCAUUGGUGCCUUCCUGGUGUGCCGGAUUCGUGGAAUGAGCUUCUGUAUGCUGAGCUCCUUGUAAAAGAAAAUAAGAUGCGGCAACAUCAAAGGAGAGCUAGGUAAAAAUAAAAUCAUACAAACUUAGAUUUGUCUGAGUUGAAGCAAGUACAGGCGGUACAUUGUAGAAACAAACAAACAAAAUGAAGGAAAAAAAAAAAGAUCAAACAGAGAGUGUUUUCUAUUUUUUUCUGCGCCUCCUUAUAAAAUUGUGGGAGUAGGAUAAUAGUAGAAAAAUGAAGCUGAUGAGUAUUGUUGGGGAGAUCAAUCUGUGCUGUAGUAAUUUUCUUUUGUUUAUAUGAUAGAAAGUAGAGAUAGGAUGGUUUCGGUUUAGCUGGUAAGAUUUGGAUAAUGGGAAAUCUUGUCCUUCCCUUACCACCCCAAGAUUUUUCUACCCUCAAAGUUGCUUUGAGGAUUGUAAAUCUCCAUAUUAUUUUAUUUAAAAAUAAAACCAAGUGGGUUGCUUCUCUUUGCAUA